AUUCUCGUUGUGUUUCAAUAGUAUAGCAAUGAAAUAAUGGGCUUGUUUUUUGAAAAAUGUUUUACGUCUUUGCUGGUAUUAAAUGAUUUUACAGUUUUGGCACAUUCGAAUAAAUUAAAACGAAUAUGCUUUUAUUGCACCCCAACUACUCUUCUUUCUUAUUGCUUCCUUUUGGAUACGGUGCUUUUCCAAUUUAAAUGUUUCUCUGACGAUUUUUUUCGGCUGCUUUGGUCUCUGAUUGAUUCUUUCUUAUUUGUUUCUUAAUUUACGCUGUUGGGUAUUAGCAACUCAUGUAAGUUUCGCGGGUGUCCUUCAUUUUUUGUUUUGAUGCUAUAGUAGGCCUUUAUCUCUUCAUCUGAUUUUUGUUUUUUUGGUUCCGCGCCAAAAAGCAUUGUUAUUUUGAGUUGUCAUUAAUCGGAUAAUUGAACUGUUAUGUGAAUUUGGGUUUUUUUUGAUCUGGGUUCUAUCAGAAUUGAUGUUUUGGAGAUAUUGGGAGGCUUAGGAGCGUGUUGAUUGCGAGGGUUUUGAGGUUUAUACUGAAUGGAGCCUCGCAAUUUUGUGGGGUUCAUAGCUCGGGUUCUUAAGUUAUGAUUGAAUUUUGAGAUUUUGUGUGUUGGGUAGUCUGAAAUAUCCAAUUAUCCUAAGAUGUAUGCUGUAGGGAGGCUGGGAAGCUAUAUAACCAGAGGGGUUUAUACAGUCUCAGGCUCCUUUCAUCCUUUUGGUGGGGCUGUGGAUAUCAUUGUGGUGGAGCAGCCAGAUGGGAGCUUUAAAUCCUCGCCUUGGUAUGUCCGGUUUGGGAAAUUUCAAGGGGUUUUGAAGGCAAGAGAGAAAAUUGUUAACAUUUGUGUUAAUGGAAUUGAUGCAAAUUUUCAUAUGUAUCUUGAUAACAGAGGAGAAGCUUACUUUCUCAGGGAGGUAGAAGGAGAUGAAGGGGAAUCUGUUUUAUCAUCUUAUAGUGAUGAGGCAGAUGAACCAUCCCAGAAAAGGAUGCCGUUGAAGUCCAAAAGUUGUAAUUUUGAUUUAAAUCAGUCAAAUACAUGUGGCCAGAUUGAUGGAAAUAAUGGUAAGAUUGUUGCUAGGACUAGUUCCCGACGGUCAAGGAUAUUUGGUCUUGUUUUUGGACAGAGCUCAAUGAAGGAAGAUGGUUAUCGAGAUGAAAAUAACGGUGAUGAUGAUGGUGUUGUAAGAAUGAGUUCAUUGGACCGUGCAGAGAUUGCAGCCAACCUAUUGGAUGUGAAGUGGUCAACUAAUCUCGCCUCUAGUAGGUCCAGGAAAGGUAAUGCUUCACAGUUUUCUGCUUCGUAUACUUCUGAGGGUACAGGGGUCAGGGAUAGGCCGAACAACGAUGGACAAAGCCAGGUUGGCUCAUCUGUGCAGGUUGUCACUGAAAACAGCAUGGGCCAUUAUAUGUUGGCUGAGGAAACUGGUUCUUGUAAUAUGCAAAUGGGCACUAGUUCUCACUCUGGCUUUGAGAAUGGGAAGUUUUCUGUUGAAGAAAGUAGUGUAGCAGUGUCCAGUUUAGGUGCCACUGAACAAAUUGUGGAGACUUUUGUAUUAGACGAAAGUUCCCUGGAAGAAAUAUCUGGAAUAUCAAGAGGCGCCAAUGAACCUGGUUUACAGAAUCCUGAUGAGAAUUCUCAUGGUAUGAUCUCUGAGGUGGCUUGUUCUGAUUCACAAAUCCAGGAUGUGAUUGGAGAAUCUCCCAGCAAGAAGUUUGACCAAGAACAGUUUUCUGAUGAAAGAAAUGUUGCAGUAGCAGAGGUUGGCAUUUAUGAGGAGACUGGUUCCAAUAGAACUCAAUCGUUCAUUUACUGCGAGAAUUCUGAGAACUCACUGGUGGGGUUGGAUGGUUCAAAAGAGCAAUCUGCGGAAACACUCUACCUCGCUAGUGGAGGACCUGGUGACAUUAAUUUUUUUGCUGAAACUUUGCAUGUGACAACUGAAUUUCUACUUGAGGAUACAGUUACUCAGCAAGCUGAGGAAAUAGAGCUCGAGACAUUAUGCACUGAGUCUUGUGAUAACCACCCUCAACUAGCAAAUCCAUCUCCUCCUCUGGUACGUGGCCAUGAUGAGGUGAACCUUGAAGUGUCACUGGCAGAGCCAAAAUCCUAUACUCAAAUGGUCACUGUGGACCCUGCAUGUGGUUUGACUGAAGUACAGUCAACGAGCUCCAGUUUUACCAACUCAGUUUGCCAAUUUGAAAAUGGGAUAAACUUUGGGGAUAAAAUUACCAGUUAUGAGCUACAACCUUCUUUAGAAUCAGUGGGUGGUUCAGAACAACUUGAUGGUGAUCGUGAGCUGGAAAAAGCAGUUAGUGUUCCAUCAUCUGGGAGUUUAGAACAACUUGAUGGUGAUCGUGAGCUGGAAAAAGCAGUUAGUGUUCCAGCAUCUGGGAUUUCAGGACAACUUGAUGGUGAUCAUGAGCUAGCAAAAGCAGUUAGUGUUCCAGCAUCUGAGAGUUCAGAACAACUUGAUGGUGAUCACGAGCUGGCAAAAGCAGUUAGUAUUCCAGCAUCUGAGAGUUCAGAACAACUUGAUGGUGAUUGCAAGCUGGCAAAAGCAGUUAGUGUUCCAUCAUCUGAGAGUUCAGAACAACUUGAUGGUGAUCGUGAGCUGGCAAAAGCAGUUAGUGUUCCAUCAUCUGAGAGUUCAGAACAACUUGAUGGUUAUUGUGAGCUUGCAGAAGCAGUUAGUGUUCCAGCAUCUGAGAGUUCAGAACAACUUGAUGGUGAUCGUGAGCUGGCAAAAGCAGUUAGUGUUCCAGCAUCUGAGAGUUCAGAGCAACCUGAUGGUGAUCAUGAGUUGGCAAGAGCAGUUAGUGUUACAUCAUCUGAGAGUUCAGAAGAAGAACAAUUUAUUUUUGGUGAUCUUGAUGACUUCAAACACAAAGAAAUUCAGGGAAAGCUGAAUUUUUCAGAUGGUGUAGUUGAAGAAAAUAAUCCCUCGUGUUGUCCUGAGGGCACUGACGAAGUGAAUGGGCCUCUUAGUGUAAAUGAUGAAUCAUUUUCAUCUGGAGACAGCUUUUUCCAAAAGAAUCAAUUUGCCGAUGAUGAAACCUUGAUGGGAAAUUCAAGGGAAGCAUCAAGUCCCAUUUCUAUUCCUAACCUUAAUGGCACUGCUGAUGUGAGAGCUGAACGACUGGCAGAAUCAUUGCCUAAUAUGUGGUCUUGCAGUGAUAAUAUGGAUGCAGAGGACCUCCAACAUCCUUUAAGCCAUUCAGUGGGCUCGGAUUCCAAAUCCUUGGAGUGGAAAUUAAAUAGCAAAGAUGAACUGUGCUGUAUAAAUUCAGAUAUAGACAAGGAAAACCAAUCAUCACCGGAGCCCUCCAAUAAUGAAGAUUCUCCUCAUCCAGAAAUAAAGAAUAGUGUUGCCAAUCCAGCUGUUGGGGAUCCAUCAAAAGACAUUGCGACAACUGGUGGAAAUUGGAGUCUUUGGCCUUUCAAUUUUAGAAGAUCAGGAUCUAGGAUUCCCACACCACCAACCGUAACUGACAACAAAAGUUCUGAUGUUGAGAAUGUUCCCGACAGCAAUAUUGAUACAGAAAAUGAUAAAAAUAUUGUCAAGCCCGAGCUUUCGGAAAAGGUGGUAACGGCGGUAACUGACAACAGAAGUUCUGAUGUUGAGAAUGUUUCAGACAGCAAUAUUGACACAGAAAAUGAUAAAAAUAUUGUGAAGCCCAAGCUUUCAAAAAAGAUGGUAAGGGCGAUUUCCCCAAUAUCUGAAGAGUUGGCAUCAUUGAAUCUGAAGGACGGCAGUAAUACAGUAACAUUCACAUUCUCCACUUCAAUGCUGGGAAAGCAGAAGGUUGAUGCUCGAAUUUAUCUGUGGAAAUGGAACACUCGCAUAGUGAUCUCAGAUGUUGAUGGGACAAUAACAAAAUCAGAUGUUCUUGGUCAGUUCAUGCCUUUGGUUGGGAUGGAUUGGUCACAGACAGGGGUGGCACCUUUAUUUUCAGCUAUUAAGGAAAAUGGGUAUCAAUUGCUUUUUCUAAGUGCUCGUGCAAUAUCUCAAGCCUAUCAUACUAGACAAUUCCUAGUCAACCUUAAGCAGAAUGGGAAGGCUUUACCAGAUGGUCCUGUUGUUAUAUCCCCUGAUGGUCUUUUUCCAUCUUUAUUCCGUGAAGUCAUUAGAAGGGCUCCACAUGAAUUCAAGAUUGCAUGCUUAGAGGAUAUCAAGGCGUUGUUUCCUCCGGAUAGCAAUCCUUUUUACGCUGGUUUUGGUAAUAGAGAUACAGAUGAGAUUAGCUAUCUUAAGGUUGGAAUCCCAAAGGGAAAAAUCUUCAUCAUCAAUCCGAAGGGUGAGGUUGCCGUGAACCGCCGUGUUGACACAAAAUCAUAUACCUCACUUCAUGAUAUUGUGCAUGACAUAUUCCCCGUCAUGACAUCAUCUCAUGAGCAGGAGGAUUAUAAUUCAUGGAAUUUCUGGAAAUUACCUCCUCUUGCUAUUGAUUGAGGUGUCCACUGGAGAUCCAUGCUUAAACCCCCUCAAUAAUGAGAAAAAUGGGUUUUGACCAUGCUUCUUCUGGCACUUUUCAGUUAUUCCUGUAGCUGCAUGCUAUUUUAUACCGGAUUCACUUUAGAAGAUUUGGGAAACAUAACUGUUCAAAUUUGGUAAACAUAUUCUUAAACUGGGAAUGAAAAAAAUCUGUUAACUGUCUCGGCAUUAAGGAGUCAGAAUCUGUUUUGAAGACUAAAAUUGACUAGUCACAUUUCGAAUUCGAACUGCCAUGGCUCGACUAAAGACCACAAAUUAGUUGAUUGAUAGGCAGCUUAGAUUACUUUCUCUAAGAGAUUCAAAGAUGCAUUGUGCUCGAAAA